CCCCGCUUGUUUCUCAGGAAAUUUUAUAAUAAACACCUGUGAACACGGAUGAUUAAAUAGUACAAAUAAAAAAUAUGCUUCUAACAUUGGCAACGGAACAUAAAAAGUGUUUACUCUUACUAGCAGAAUAUUCACAUCAAGUAUUGCAGGACUUUUGUAAAUUAGUUCUCGACUAUGUACGCAAAGGUCCCAGUUUCAAGUUAUACAGCGUUGCUGCCCAUAAACUUGAAGUUACACCAGAAGAUAUUAGAGACAGAGUUGAAAGUUUGGUGUAUUUAUUGGCAGAAUGUUGUAAAUAUAAGUAAGAAAUCGCCCUUUCUCCAGUUAACCGAUAAGGAUUUCACAGAGCUAGUAGCCUCGUUAGGUUUUACGGAUGAAAAGGAAGCAGUACUUUCAAAAUCAUACACGGUUCUGAAAAAAGAACUCCUGAAUGCUCUUUCCGCUUCGAGUUUAAAACUUCAGCGUUACCAUAAUUUAGAGUGGAGGUUCGAAGUCGAGGUUGCCAAAAGAUCGUGCCUUGACCAAGCCACCCCUUUAAUAACAUUGGAUCUUGCUUUGAAGAACAUCGAAGACAGUGACAAAGUAGAGCACGUAUUACUUCAGACAGAUCCCAACAACUUACUCCAUUUAGCUCAAGAACUGGAAGGAGCCAUGCAGGUGUGUCGUGGCCAUCGCAUUCGAAGAUAUAUAAGAACUAUGAAAUAAUGACGAACUAAUUGACCCAAUGAUGUACGUCCUAGAAUGCGAACCACCGAGUCAAGGGCAAGAUUCCAGCACACCGACUUACUUCUCCAGAUACCGAUUACGUAAUUAAAAUCUGUACUGUCGAGCCGAUGAGACCAAACGAGAUUUAAAUGUCGAAUGUCAUCCGUGACAUCCGAAGCACUGCAUCAUGACCGAUAUCUCUUGAUAGAGUCGACUCGCCAAGAUAUAAUAUUAAAAGCACCGUCGAGGAACCUUUUCAGGAAGUAUAGACGAUCUCAUUUGAAUAUUUUAUCGGAUCGCUUUGUUAUGCAGCUUCUUUACGUCCAUAUAUAACAUGAAGAACUCGGAGUCGCCCUACUGUAGUAGUCCUCAAUACUCCAUGCAAAGUGUCCCGAUGUUCCGAGUCUCUUUACAACCCCCAUAACAAGACGUUCUCGCUUCCUCCAUAAAAACCGAUCCCAAGGAUCUCCCAAACGGGUGGCUCAUCAAAGUGAGUACAAAUCUAAUCAUACCCGCGUGCUAAUAAAUAUCAUAAAAUGUUCACAAAGUUUAGAAUAA